UUCAAGCGAACUGAGCGCACCCCAGAAUUAACCAUUGUUGGCAAGCAAUAAUUAUUUCAGAACAACUAUGACUGAAUUAUUAUCCUUACACUUUCAAAAAUACUAGUCGAAUAAGACAUGGGAGAGAUUUAUUAAAUCCGCUACAAAAAUCAGUAGCGGAUUUGGGUACGGGCGACAUGGACAAAUGUAGUAAUGUAGGCUAAACUGACAAAGGAGCAAAGAGCAGAAAUCUGAAGUAGCAAGCAAGUCGCAGCAAUGAAGAACCCGAAGGGGGGAGAAUUCUGGCAGUGGGAGAUUUUCGGCACAACACCGGAAAGCCAUGCUUUGUUAGUGAGUGGCCACAAAGCUACAAUGAAAAAUGUGGGGCAUCAUAGGUGGCUCGUUUCAGCUAGUUUUAUCUUGUUCUUCAUAACUUGUCUUAUUUUGACUGAUUUCAUGUCAAUGCUAGUUAACUAACCAACACUGUAACGAUGUAUUUGAGAGACAAGUGUUCAUUGUGCACAUUUCUUUUUUGUUUUCAAUAAACAUUAGGAGACGAAAUAUAGUUUACACGUUGUCAAUAAUAUAAGCCAACCCUGUCUGAAUUGACCCAUUGUUGCGCACGCGUCGGUAUUAGAAACAGCUCCUUUAAGAAAGUCAGUUUGACGCAAAGAAAAAGUUCAAAGGAGGAAAUAGGAAGUCAGUCUCGAAUGUCAACACAACAAACAAAGCACAAAGAAGAGGAACUGACAGAAAAUUUAAGACGUUUAAGACAAUGGCGAGUAUUAAAGCACUGGUUGGGUUGUCCUUCAGUGGAGCCAUUGGCUUGACAUUCCUCCUGUUGAGCUGUGCCUUGGAGCAAUAUGGGGUGUACUGGCCCCUCUUCGUCCUUUUCUUCUAUGUACUCGCUCCUAUCCCCACCUUUAUAUCCAGAAGGCUCAGUGAUGACAGUGAUGUGGCCAGCAACGCAUGCAGAGAGCUGGCUUACUUCUUCACUACGGGAAUUGUGGUAUCUGCGUUCGCGCUUCCCAUCAUAAUGGCCCGGCGUGCAGUAAUCCAGUUGGGGGCCUGUGGCCUGGUGAUGGCCGGCAACGUUGUCAUCUUCUUCACCAUCCUUGGCUUCUUCCUGGGGUUUGGAGGGGGAGACGACUUCAGCUAGGAGCAGUGAUAGACUGUCUGUGAAUCUCUGGCCAAACAGAGCCACAAUGCCAAAUGGACCCCUAGACCCUAUGCACUUGUGGAGAUCUGAGGGGAUUUGACAGGUGUAAGUAAUAUGGUAAUAGCUCCAUCUUGCCCUCUGAUAGGCUUGCUAGGUGGAAGUUUCACCAUAUUGCUUAUACCAGUCAAAUCUUCUCUGAUCUCCACAAGUGCAUGCGGUGUAGGAUCCAGGGGUCGAUUUGAGAUUAGGCAAUGUGAAGACUGGAUAGGUAUAAGCAUGUGGUGAAAUAUCACCAAGGGAAGAGUGGUUGUUUCUGGACAGGACCCACCUCUCUACAAUUGUAAUUGUAUGUAUGUAUGUAUGUAAUACAAAACUAUAGUUUGUUAACAAGAAAUUUGUGAAGUGGUUGAACUGUAUGUAUGUAUGCACAAAUUUCUUGUUAACAAGUUAUAGUUUUGGCAAGUCGGUUAGGACAUCUACUUUGUGCAUGACACAAGUAAUUUUUCCAACAAUUGUUUACAGACAGAUUAUUUCACUUAUAAUUCACUGUAUCACAAUUCCAGUGUGUCAGAUGUUUACAUACACUAUGUUGACUGUGACUUUAAACAGCUUGGAAAAUUCCAGAAAAUGAUGUCCUGGCUUUAGAAGUUUAUUUUAGGCUAAUUGACAUAAUUUGAGUCAAUUGGAGGUGUACCUGUGGAUGAAUUUCAAGGCAUACCUUCAAACUCAGUGCCUCUGCUUGACAUCAUGGGAAAAUCAAAAGAAAUCAGCCAAGACCUCAGAAUUUCUUUUUUUAGACCUCCACAAGUCUGGUUCAUUCUUGGGAGCAAUUUCCAAAUGCAUGGAGGUACCACGUUCAUCUGUACAAAUAAUAGUACGCAAGUAUAAACACCAUGGGACCACGCAGCCUUCGUACCACUCAGGAAGGAUACGUGUUCUGCCUCCUAAAGAUUAAUGUACUUUGGUGCGAAAAGUGCAAAUCAAUCCCAGAACAACAGCAAAGGAUCUUGUGAAGAUGCUGGAGGAAAUAGGUACAAAAGUAUCUAUAUCCACUGUUACGGAUACAGGUAUCCUGUGUUCUUUUCUCUCCUUCUCCCCUCACAGGUGAAAAUCAUCACUCCCCAAUCAGUCACCAAACAAUCAUCAAUCAGAAGACACACCUCCUCCUUUUUCCUACCCAAUCACAGUUCCUUUCCCUUGGUUUAAAAACCCUGUCAGUUGUUUGCUCUAGAGCGCAAUCUCUCUGUAAAUGCCAUAUGUCUGUAGAUUGCUCUUUUUAACCCUCUCCUACUAUGUCUAUCUCUCUUUAUGUAUUGAGCUAUAUUUUGUUUGAGCACCUCCAUAUCACUUUGUCCUCACCUGUGAGUAUUGUUUUUGGUUAUGGUGUUUGUUUUCUGGUGGGAAAAGGGGGAACCAGGACAAGUUGCCCAUGUGCAUACACUACCUGUAGGUAAACUUUGUUAAAUACCCUAGUUAGAACUGGGUGGACCACCCACUGUAUUUUUGGUUAGUUAGUUAGCUGUUGUUGAAAUAGGCUAGUCUAGCUUAGGGGUGUUUUUGGAUGCUUAUUGUUUCUUUCCUUGGGUCCAGCUCAGCCCCUUUUCCUGCUCCCCCCAUUACCGUGUGUUUUCCAAUAAGUCAUGUGUUUGACGGUAAUUUAGUUGUCUGUGGUUAUUUUGCUCUCACUUUUUUACUUGUUGUAAUCACCACAUUCUGUUUCUAUUCUUUUCAAUGUAUCUUGCUUAUUUAAGUAUAAGCAUUUCAAAUGAUCUACCCAUACUCAUUCUUGCAGUUGAUUACGUGUGUACUUUUGUUUAUGGAUUUAUGUGUUUAUCCGUAUCGAUUUUUGGGUAUGACUAGAUAAUCAGGUCAAGGUGUAGUCAACGUUUUUGUAGUUUGUCAUUUUAAAUAUUUAGCUCAAAGAGGCCUUGAUGCAAAUGUUUACAGUAAUACCAAACGACAGUUAAGAAAAUAAGUUAGACACGAGUCACCCACCAUGGUUUCUGACGAGUGUCUAUGAUUAUUAAACGCAUUAUUAAUUCUAAUAUGUGUUUAAUAUGUUUAUAUUCACUGAGGACAGAAGCCAAAAUGGGGUUUUGUGAACCAUGGGCUACAUUGGUACAGUAGAUGAAUGGUGAGUUUUCACAUGGAAUGUUAAUACUAUAUAUUUAGCUGUUUUUUGUUCUAACGAAGUGCCCACUUUUCUGUUCACCCAAAAGUGCCUAGUGAAAUGUACUAUUUUUACUGAUUCAAAAAGUUGAGUCACUUUUUACAUUCUAUAUUGGUAUAGCCUCAGAGCCCAUAGUGCAUUAUAUAAUUAUGUUUUGCAAUAUUCCAAUUAAUAACCGAAGGUAACAACACCACUUCAUACUGAUUUAAUGUUGCUAGAAGUAUGCUAUAAUGUCUUGUUUUCACCGAAGGGUCAAAUUAAUUAACAUUUCCGCAUGAUCUCAUAUCAUGAAAUUAAUUUUUUAUUAUUAUACUAUAUGUGUCUCAUUAGCUAUCAUUCAUUAUGAAGUCUUUGUGUUGCACAUACAUGUACUGUAAGCGUGAACCCCAAACUUAACAGCACUUUCAAAACACUAGAGAGCACUAGAGAGACCUGUAAUUGAAACUCCUGACAAAAUCCUAUACAUAGUCUGUUUUCUAACAUUAAUUAAAGCACUAUUGAAAUAUA